AUGCUAGCAGCAGACCUAAUUCUCUAUCACGGACAAAUAAUGCUAUAUGAAGACAAAAACAAGCCCAGGUGAGUUCCCAGAAACGCGGUUUUAAUACAAAAUGCUUUACUAUUUUACAAUGAAUCUGAUGAAAAUUUCAUUAUUAAUCAAGACGAAGGCAGGAUCAGCAUGGUAGGCUUAAAAUCUCAUUUUGGAGAUUUUGAUGGCGAAUUUUGGAGAAUUGACCUUUUAUUUGACAAUUCCCGAAAAGCAUUUAAAGUCGCUGGGCAAGAAGACGCAGAAAAUUGAUGCAAAAUGUUAGCUAUGGCUGCUAGUUGGAGCAAUUAUGAAAAUUUUUGCAGUUUUCAGAAGGUAAAGCCGUGGCAGUAUCUAUUAAGGUGAAGCUCCAAAGGAGGAGGCAAUUUAGUACUUAAUCUGAAUGGGGUUAAUAGUUUUGCGUUAUUAGAGUAUAUUAGAGGAAAUGAAUAUAUUACUGAGCUGGAAAUACAAGAAAUGAAUAACCAGGUCACUGUUUUUACUAGAAUUCUUGCAUGUUUCCCUCCAGAACAGCUACGUUCUCUCUCAAUUUCUAAUGCAAGACUUACCGAUAAAAGUUUCUCAAUGUGCCGAAAAGUGUUAUCCUCUAAUUUAUAUCUCGAGCAUCUUGAUUUAUCCAACAAUUCUUUAACAGCUGGAUUUAUGCACACUUUUUUUAAAAUUAUUCCGCUUACACCUUCAUUAAAAUCGUUAAAUCUUGCAAGAAAUUUUAUAAAAGAUGAAGGACUAUCAGAAUUAUUCCCAGCUUGUCUUACACAUAUAAGGCUAAAAGAGAUAAAUUUAACAGGCUGUGGGCUAACUGACGUUUCUGUACCAAUAAUUAGAAGAGUGAUAAGGAUAAAAGGCUUGUCUAUAGAAAAAUUGUAUUUAAAUGAUAAUGAGUUUUCUCUUGCGUCAGCGAAAGGGAUUUUAAAAAGCAUCAGAUAUAAGCGAAGAAGAGGGUAUAAUAUCAAUGUUUGGGUAAACCCAUUAAUGAUUGAGGAAGGAGCGCUUGGACUUUUGGAUGGGUUUAAAGAUAUUUCACUAUUAAGGAUCGUCAUUCCGUCAGAAAACACAGAAAUUCGACCAAUGCCAAGACUGACUAAACAUAGAGUCACUAUUGACACGAUGGUAGUGAAAAUGGAAAAUCUUACAAAAUCAGGCGAAAUCUGUGUAGAAGACCUUGCUGACUUAGCAAAGCAGCUGUCAGGGCUUGAUUUCCAAUUCCCCAAAACUAAACUGAAAGCUCUUGAAGAAAUCCUGGACAGCUAUAUAAACCAAGCGAUAGAAAGCCAAAAUUUUUAUUGUCUGGAGCUGCUGAUCCAAGCUCAAGAAUCGCUAGGAAAUUCGAAUAGAAGAGCUAAAGAAGUAUAUGAAGAACUAAAAAACGAGGUCGAAGGUAUCAUUGUAACUAUAGAAAACAUAUUAAAUCCUGAUUUAUAUAAUGCUGACAAUAUUCCUGAACUAAAUUCUACGCUAGAUAAAGUUAUAGAAAGAGGCACACAGCUUGGGCUUCGGGGUGGGCUAUUCGGUACAGCUAAACUGCUGCAGAGGAAACGAGAAGAAUUUCUUAGAAAAAGAGAUUUUAAAAUAAAUUAA